CGCUCAUGAUCAUAUGCAGUGACUCAACAAACCACGACUUGAAUCAACCCUUCCACCUCUGUCUUCUGUCACCCCGAUUUAUGUUUACUUUUGGGAUCGACCUUUCUGAAUCAAGUAAACAAAACGCCCCUUCGACACUCUGUUUUGCUUUCCUCUAUCCCCACGAUCCGUCGUCUGGGCAUCGGUCAAACGUCCAUCUCAUCCAACCUUUCUCGAACGCACCGCUUUGUCCGCCCCCAUCCGCCUAUCUAGAUUGUUACGGCCAUUCCAGUCUCCUCCCGACACAGACAAAUGGACGACUUGGAUCUCCCCGAUGCUCCUCCCCUUCCUGAGCCGGUACCCAAACGUCGAAGGGUCGCGACGGCUCGCACAAGUCUCAGCUCCGUCCCCCGCUACAGCUCGCCCGACGAGCUUACAACAGAUAUUAGGGAAACCGCCGCUACUCGCCGCAUCUCCAUUAGGCGAGGGAGGCUCAGCAGAUCCCCGCCAGGCCGAUCCAGCGAAGAUGAGCUCAACGGUGCAUUCUACUCCCCUCCCCCCAGGUCAACGUCUCCCGGUCGCUCCAGACCAAAGUCGUCCAGGCCAAAGCCACAGUCGAGGUCUAGGUCAAAGUUAAGGUCAAGGUCAAGGUCAAGGUCAAGGUCAAGGUCAAGGUCAAGAAUGAGGCGAAGAUCACCCACUUCAGUCAGGUCAACGUCGCCGGGAGACGUAAGAUCGAGACCUCGAAGGAGGAGUCAGUCCCGAUCCUCGAUGCCGUCCCAUUCUCGCUCUUCUUCCUUCUCCCCCGACCGGCGCUCGUCUCCUUCAAGGUCGGGCAGCCCGUCGAGACUCAGCGCCGGGUCGCCAUCACGGUCACCAUCCCCAUCCCACUCCGAGCCGAGGUCACCUUCCGUUACAUGCUCUCCGCGAAGUCUCACCGAGAAACUACAACACCGCCUCCACCUCUCUCCCGAACCUCCACCCCCACCGCCGCCACCGCCACCUCGCCAGCCCGCCCGCCCAGAUUACCAUCCCCACAUGACACUUUCCGGCCAUAGACAGGCCGUCUCUCAGGUCCGAAUCUCCCCAGACGGCCGCUGGAUCGCCAGCGCCUCAGCCGACGGCACCGUCAAGAUCUGGGAUGCAGCCACCGGGGAACACAUGGAUACUCUCGUCGGCCACAUGGCCGGUGUCAGCUGCGUCGCCUGGAGUCCCGACGGCGGCACCCUCGCCACCGGCUCCGACGACAAGGCUAUUCGCCUCUGGGAUAGGGUCACCGGUCGCCCCAAGCUCAGCGCCAAGGGGAUCCCCCGCGGCAAAGAAGGCGUCGCGCGCCCCAUGCCUCCCUUGCUCGGACAUCACAACUACGUCGUCAGCCUUGCCUUCUCUCCCAAGGGGAACAUCCUCGCCUCUGGUAGCUACGACGAAGCCGUGUUCCUCUGGGACGCCAGGGCCGGCAGCUUGAUGAGGAGCUUGCCGGCCCAUAGUGACCCGGUCAGCGGCAUCGGUUUCUGUCUCGACGGCACCUUGGUCGUCAGUUGCUCGACCGAUGGUCUUAUUCGCAUCUGGGACACAUACACCGGCCAAUGCCUCCGAACCCUCGUCCACGAAGACAACCCAGCCGUGACGUCUGUCUGCUUCUCUCCCAACGGUCGCUUCGUUCUAGCCUACAACCUUGACAACUGCAUCCGGCUCUGGGAUUACGUCUCGGGCACCGUCAAAAAGACGUACCAGGGCCAUCGCAACGAACAGUUCGCCAUCGGGGGUUGCUUCGGCCUCCUGCCCCUCGAAGAACCGGAACAACCUGAAGCCAGUCCCGAUACCAAAAUCAAUGCCCGAAACGGGGAUUCGUUGAACGGCACAGUGAGUGACGGUGGCCGCGGCGGCGGCGGAGGAGGAGGCAGCACCCGUACCACCGCCCAGGGGCAGCUGCAGGUCCCGUUUAUCGCCAGCCCCAGCGAAGACGGCGACGUCGUGCUCUGGGACGUGACCUCCAAGGAGGUAGUGCAGCGUAUCAGCGCCCACCCGGGUCACGUCUGCUUCUGGGUCGACGUGCUCGGCGACACCAUGGUCACUGCGGGGCAGGACGGCAGUAUUGGCGUCUUUAAGCAUCGGAGCUCCGCGGCCAAGUCUGCUCUUCCUGGGAAUGCCGCAGAGGAGGAGCCUGUUCUCAACGGGCAUGCCGGCAUGGCGAAUGGCGACAGUGCUAUGUUGGAUCCGGCCAUGCAGACGGGUGAGGGUACAGAUCUGCGCAUCAAGAUGGAACAAGAGAUGGAUGUGGAUGUAAAUGGCUCUUAAGGGAGAUAGCGAGAGAAUCCUACUUUCGUCAGUACGAGGCACGCACGCCCAGAGACAAUUCAAUGCAGUGAUCCCUCUUAUGGCAGCCGAUGGGUCUAGCAGUUUGUUUAUUUUCAUCCUCUCACUCCCAACCUACUAGAGAGCAGAAGACAAUGCCAAUAUAAAGACGUCCAACCCCAGUUG